AUCUCAAGCAUUUCAAGGGAAGAUCUAUGGAAGAUCACCUCCGACUAUAACUUGAAGGGUUCUUUCGCGCAGGCCUGCGUUGGGACACACGUCCGUAUCCGCACACGAUCAGCGGCCUCUGAUUGGGUGGCCGGAGUGGUCAGAAGAUCAAGACAGUAG